CCUGCGCAGACCGGUGACGUCAGGCGGGGAAACAGCAUCGUGAACGCAGCCAGUCUCCAGCUACCAACAUUAUUUCACAUUGCAUCAAACGACAAGGCUUGAAAUAGGACGUGUCAUUAAAAAAAUAAUAAAAAUAACAGACUUAUUUAAUCUACCAAUUCCAAACCAACCUUUUUCAUCCCGCGAGCACACUAUCAGCUGAUAACAGUCACAUGACAAGGCAGAGUGUUUACAAGACAGAAAUAGACAAAAGGCAAAACAGGUUUAAAGAAGGGCAUUGUAGAGCGGUGGCAUGUUCACAAUGAGGAGUCUGCUUCCAACCCUGCUGUUUCUCUUGAGCUGCCCUGUCAGAUGCAUAUACCUGGAGUCUGACCAGAACACCUCCAUCCCUGAGGGCUGGAGCAAUGCUGGGCGUGUGGCAGCUUCUGAUCAGGUUCAGCUGACCUUCGCACUUAAACAGCGGAAUGUGAGAGAACUGAGAGAGCUGCUGGGCCGGGUAUCGGACCCGGAUUCCCCUCAGUACGGUAAGUACCUGUCCCUGGAGCAGCUCUCCUCCCUGGUCCAGCCCUCGGAACUGACCCAGAAGGUGGUGUGGAGGUGGCUGGAGAGCCAUGGAGUGCAGGACUGCCACAGCGUGGAGACCCAGGACUUCUUGCAGUGUGCCAUGCCAGCCCGCGUGGCGGAGAAGCUGCUGCCCGGCUGUGAGUUCAGCCGCUAUGCGAACGGGCAUCAGUCACUGGUGAGGUCGCCAGUCCCAUACGGGCUGCCUGACGAGCUGUCUGAACACCUGGACUUCGUGGGAGGAGUCCACCGAUUCCCAGACUCGAAGAUGGCCCUGAGGCGUACUUGGGCCAAUGGGAAGAAGCGGAAGGCAGAGUUUCACCUGGGGGUGUCACCCUCCAUCCUCAGGCAGCGCUACAACCUGACAGUCAGCGACGUGGGCUCCUCCCAGAACAACAGCCAGGCCGUCGCUCAGUUCCUGGAGCAGUACUUCCACCCUGCAGACCUGGCAGAGUUCAUGAAGUUGUUUGGGAGAGGAUUCAAGAACCUGCCCAAAGUGGAGAGGGUCGUGGGCAAGCAAGGGUGUGGGAAGGCAGGGCUCGAGGCGAGCCUGGACGUGGAGUACAUCAUGAGCACUGGCGCCAACAUCCCCACCUGGGUCUUCACCAAUCCAGGCAGGCAUGAGUCCCAGGAGCCGUUCCUGCAGUGGCUGCUGCUGCUUAGCAACAUGUCUGCGGUGCCCUGGGUGCACACCAUCAGCUACGGGGAUGACGAGGACAGCCUGUCCCAGGCCUACAUGCAGAGGAUCAACGUGGAGUUCAUGAAGGCCGGCGUGCGCGGGGUCACCCUGCUCUUCGCUUCAGGUGACAGUGGUGCCGGCUGCAUGAAAGAUGGCAAAGGGGGUAACACUUUCAGACCCAGUUUUCCAGCCUCCAGUCCCUACGUGACCACAGUGGGCGGGACAUCCUUCAAGAACCCCUUCCAGGUCACUUACGAGGUGACGGACUACAUCAGUGGCGGCGGGUUCAGCAACGUGUUUGAGAUGCCCGAUUACCAGGUAAAUGCUGUGAACUCGUACCUCAAAGGAAUGAAGGCUCUUCCUCCCAAGACCUACUUCAACAGCAGCGGGCGAGCUUAUCCAGACGUGGCAGCUUUGUCUGAUAACUACUGGGUGGUCACCAACAGAAUCCCCAUCCCGUUUGUGUCUGGCACUUCGGCCUCGACUCCGGUGUUCGGAGGGAUCCUGUCCUUGAUUAACGAUCACCGUUUCCUCAAAUCUCUUCCGGCUCUGGGGUUUCUGAACCCGCGCCUCUACAAGCUGCAGGGAAGCGCCAGCAGUGCCCUCUUCGAUGUGACAGAAGGAUGCCACCUGAGCUGCCUGGACGAGCAGGUCCAAGGACAGGGGUUCUGCGCCGCUCCGUCCUGGGACCCUGUCACAGGCUGGGGGACCCCAAACUACCCCCACCUCUUGACUGCUCUUGGAGACUGAGAACAAACUGCCCUACAAACCAGGAGUCAACUGCAGAGUGUUUCAGGGGACUGGAAACUGCUGCAAACCCUGCUUGGAAAGAGGGAGCUGGCUUGUUUUUUUCUUAAUAAUAAUAAUAAUAAUAAUAAUAAAUCAUCACACAAUUGAUUUUUUUUUUUUAUAUGUUGGCCAGACUUCAUGUGGCGUGGGAUGUGUGUAUUUGUUUGGAAAUCUCUUCAGUUAAAAUCAUACCCGAGUUCAAACACGGAAUAAACAGAAAUGGUGAUGGUAUUAGAGGGGGAGGGGGGGAGGAAUGAUGAGAUGUGCAGAAGCGGCAGUACAAGGCAACGGAGCAGGUUCUCCAAUGAGGAGUAAGAGAUGCAGAAAGAGGAAGACGUGGACAGGAUUUUCUGUGUGUGGUGUGUUUUUUUUUUUUUUUUUUUUUUUUUUAGCUUUCCUUGUUUUCUGUUAGCCAAGCUUAAUUAAGGAUGUGAGAAAUCUGAUGACUUUGUGCCCAAGGAUAUAAUUUUGAAGUUAAUCAGAGGAGACUGCUUCGAUUGAGGGCUCUUAGAGCGAGAUAUUUGAUUUCCAGCUAAGUCUGCUACUGUCAUCGUUCUGUUCAGCAAUAGAAUCAGGCCCCAUUACCUUUAAAGGGAUCAGAAAUGUCAAAAAGAACCUUUUAUGUAGGGAAGAUUACCCUGCCCAACUGAAAAUAAAAAAAUAGCAACUCACAGUUAAUGCUGCACAAUCAAAUUGGUGCUUCUUUGAA